AUGAAUCUUGAAGCACAAGAACAUGCGGGAGCUUCAUCUUUGCUCGAUUACAACACUUCCUUUCCACAAUUCCAGAAACUGGACCCCGUGAUCCAACGUCUCAUCUGGGAAUAUACACUCCCUAGCUCUCGAGUGCAUUACGUCGAAUACAUACAGUUCGUACCUGCACUUGUCAACCCCCAGGGCCGAUAUCUUAACAUAAAAUGUCCUCCUGUACCCAUUACAUUUUCCGUGUCUGAGCAAUCACGCUAUGUUAAAGUAUUCCAAAGCCAGCAAAAAUGGAAACUUGGAAACAAUCCUUUUUUUACCUUAGCAUAUGGUCUUCAAGUGAAUGACAUGAUGCACGCUCCGCUUACAGAAUUUCCAGCUUAUCGAGACUUAUUUGCAGGCUUCACACCCAGUCAGAACAUUACACUUGUCAAGAUAAAGGAUUUUGAAGGCUUUUAUGAACACCGGCUUUGUAGUAGAGUCUUACCAACCGAUCCACACUACAGUUAUGGAAUUGAGUUCGAUGAACCAUACCAAGCCACAGCAUUUGAGCGAGAUCUCAAAGCUUGGAGAAACGAGCAGGUUGCAAAGGCCAUGAUGAAAGGCAAGACAAUGCCAGAAAUAAAGAUUGCUGAAAUGGCUCUUGCCUGCGAAUGUGCUGAUGUGAAGGAAAGGAUGGAGGAGAAGGUCAGAGAGCUGAACAGGGCAGCGAUGUCACAGACACUGGAGCAAGAUCGCCUAGAAUGA